AUGUCUGCGGAUAUCCCGCAGACUGAAGAGAAUCUCAUGCCCUCCACCUCCAUCUCCAAUAAUGAAAACCCCACCAAUCCCUCCUCGCAAGCUUCGGUCGGCGGACAUCUGCGCGCGAGAACAAACACGGCAGAAAUCGAUAGUACGAUCAUCCAUCCAGGAAGCGUGAAGAUUAAUGUGACGGGCGCAUUCAUAGUCGAUCAGGAUUCGGUUUUACCAAAGGAAUUGAAUACGAAUGAGAGGAAUUAUGAUACCCAGGACAUUCGGCUGCCGAACCAUACGGCGGUGGUCAGUCAUAUUGCUGUAGAUAUUGGGGGUUCUUUAGCUAAGCUUGUAUAUUUCUCGAGGGAGGCGCAUUCGCGCGAGCCAGGUGGUCGACUCAAUUUUAUGAAUUUUGAGACGGAUCGCAUAGAUGAUUGUGUGGAGUUUAUGAAACAGCUGCAGAUCAAGCAGCAGAAACUCAAUGGAUCGAGACCUGGGGAUUUAUGUGUAAUGGCAACUGGUGGAGGGGCAUAUAAGUACUAUGAUAAGAUCAAGGAAGCUUUGGGUGUCGAUGUUAUACGAGAGGAUGAGAUGGAAUGUUUGAUCAUCGGUCUUGAUUUCUUCAUUACCGAGAUCCCCCGGGAAGUAUUCACGUAUAGCGAAAGAGAUCCUAUGCAUUUCACGUCGCCUAGUCCAGAUAUAUACCCAUAUCUCCUCGUCAAUAUAGGGAGCGGUGUAUCCAUGAUAAAAGUGUCUGGACCACGAGAAUAUCAAAGGGUUGGUGGAACCUCUCUGGGCGGUGGUACACUCUGGGGAUUACUAUCUCUCUUGACUGGUGCUCGAACAUUCGACGAUAUGCUCGGAAUGGCCGAACGAGGUGACAAUGCCAAAGUCGACAUGUUAGUCGGCGACAUUUACGGUACAGAUUAUGGCAAAAUCGGGCUCAAGAGUAGCACCAUCGCCAGUUCCUUCGGGAAAGUCUUCCGCAUGAAACGAGAAGCCGAGCGACUCGCCGAAGACUCGGGAGGACAAAACAACAGCGAAGAACCAUCUAGUUCCUCUCAUUCCGCCGAGGAACCCCCAUUUUCCCAUGAGGAUAUAUCCCGGUCCCUCUUGUAUGCAAUCUCUAACAACAUAGGACAAAUUGCAUAUCUGCAAUCGGAAAAACAUUCUUUGUCAACGAUAUAUUUCGGAGGUAGUUUCAUUAGGGGACAUAGACAAACGAUUAAUACAUUGAGUUAUGCGAUCAAAUUCUGGAGUAACGGAGAGAAAAAGGCGAUGUUUCUGAGACAUGAAGGAUACCUGGGGAGUGUGGGUGCAUUCUUGAAGAGGAAACCAGAGGGCUGGGGAAGAAGGAUGAGUUUUGACGAAGGCGGAGAGGCAGGAGUAAAGGAUAUUAGAGAUGAAUUGAAGGCUUUGAGGAGAGAGGUUAGUAGAAAUGAAUAG